AUGCGUGUAUGCUCCAACGCGGACGCCCUUGACCGUGUUCCCAACCGCGAGGGUCUGGAAUUGCGGACAGUGCGGUGGUCCGGGCUGCUCCACGUUUGGCAAGGACCUCGGGUUGGGGGCCGAGGACUGCUGCGAGGGUACCAUCCUCGAGCUCGGGGAGCUGUUGAGAAGCACGAUGGUACCACCCCGUCCCCCGUGACGCCUUCCAAGCCCACGUCGGAGCCCACUUCGAAACCCACUCCUGUACCCGAGGCUAGGACGACCCCGCCCCCUGUGACGGAGCCUACCGUGGAACCUACCUCGAAACCCACCCCUGUACCCGAGGAUAGGACGACCCCCUCCCCUGUGACGGAGCCUACCGCAGAACCUACCUCGACACUCACUCCUGUACCCGAGGAUAGGACGACCCCUUCCCCUGUGACGGAGCCUACCGCGGAACCUACUUCGAAGCCCACUCCUGCACCCGAGACUAGGACGACCCCGUCCCCCGUAACGGAGCCUACCACGGAACCUACCUCGAAACCCCCCCCUGUACCCGAGGCUAAGACGACCCCCUCCCCCGUGACGGAGCCUACCGCGGAACCUACCUCGAAACCCACCCCUGGACCCGAGGCCGGGCCCGCGACCGCUCCGAGUGGAGGCGGGGGCGAUGACCCUGGGGAGUAUCAGGAGCUUCUCGAACGCCACAACCAGAUCAGGCGAGAGAGAGUGGGGAAGGUGCAUGCACGGCGCCGACCCCCUGGUCUGGAGUGA